AUGUCGAGGAACAAAUGGAAUAGCUCUGUUGGUGAGCGUUCCACAAUAACAUCAAAGAACAAGAUGAAAUACAGAUCGUAUCAAGCAUUAGGGGGCCACAGAGCAAGUCAUAAGAAAAAUCGAGUCUAUGAUUUUGAGCAAAGAGUUAGUAAUUCUAAAGAAGAUGAAAAUCGAGCGGACGACGGAUCGGAUUCAACGACGACUAAAAGGGUUUAUGAAUGUUCAAUUUGUAAAAGAGUUUUUGCUUCUGGACAAGCUCUUGGUGGUCACAGAACGUCUCAUCUUUCUGUUUUGAAUAAUGGGAUUAUCCAUAAGUAUAAUUCAUGUGAUAAUAGUAAGAUAACUAAUAAUACUGCUCGUCAGGAAUCAUUGCCGAAAGGCAUAGAGGGGGAGGCCCCGAGUGUUCGUACCGUAAAAUCGAUGAUGAUAAAGAAGGUCCAUGAAUGUCCGAUUUGUCUAAGAGUUUUUGUUUCUGGACAAGCUCUUGGUGGUCAUAAAAGGUGUCAUGUUCUUGUAUCGAAUAAUGAGGUGGAUCAUAUCAAUAACUUAUUCGAUAAUUGUAAGAUAACUAAUAAUACUACUUGUCAGGAAUCAUUAUCACAAGACAUAGAGGGUAAGGUCGUAAGCGUUCUUACUGUAAAGUCGACGUUGGUAAAGAAAGUUUACGAGUGUCCAAUUUGUGGAAAGGUUUUUGCUUCUGGACAAGCUCUUGGCGGUCACAAAAGGUCUCAUUUUCUUGCUUCGAAAAAUGAGACGAAUCAUAAUAAUAACUUACUUGAUAUUAGUAAGAUAACUAAGAAUACUACUCGUCACAAUUCGAUAGAUUUUAAACUUCCCAUCUAUUCUGGAGAUGAAGAUGAGUUAGCCGUCUCUGAUGUUCAUUUAUGA